AUGCCGACUUCAAUCCAGAGCGGUGACGUCGGCGCAUUGCGUCCCAAGCAGACAAAAGCUGGCGAUGUGGACGCCACCAAAACUGCUGGCAACAGUGACAGCUCAAGGCUUGAGUCACAAAUCGGAAGACGAAUCGAUCACAUGGGUUUGCUUGUGUUGCUGGCUGGCACGGCUCGUCCAUCCGCCCUGGAGUCCUGCGGAUGGCCCGGAGGCACGUGCCGCCAGUCGACGACAAAUGCCUCAUCCCAUUCCGCACGACUAUGCACUGGAACGCAAGAGUGUGGACCACCGAAUCUGAAGGCAAAUCUACAGGCAAAUCUUCAAGGGGCGUUGAAUGGAUGCCACCGCCGAUGGUCCUCUAUCACAGAGUCUGUGGCAGAAGUUCAUGCCGAGCUAUUAACGGACUAA